AGACAGCUGAGGGAGGGAAGAAUAUUCAGUGGAUGACUGGAUAAGGGAGCUGCUGUCUGCAGUUUAUUCCCAGGCUGUCUGUGAGCUUCCAAGACACACAAAGGGCUUGUAUUAUACACUGGUACUGCACAACUCGCAGCAUCUUGACUGUUUGGUUUUUGGCUGAAAGCAUCCUGAAGACGCAGGGGAGAUGACAUUAUGGUUUAGGAUAUGGAAAGGAAGCAAGUAGCGUGUUGUGGAGGUUGCAGAUCACAGAAGGGGUGGCUUAAUGGUUGGAAAGGCACAAAGAGGAGUGAGAGGAGGGGAGUGUAUUGCCUGAAUCAAAGCAGCAUCAUGCCAGCCAGUGUCUCCUUGGUGUGAUGCUGCACAAAGAGACAUGGAGACACGGGGCUUGGUCACUGCUAUCAGCCUGGCUCUGAGCCUCUUCUCACUGAUUCUGCUGGUCACAGCUAUCUUCACAGACCACUGGUAUGAGACAGACACUCGCAAACACAAGGAAAUCUGCGAGAGCCAGGGCAAUUCGGAUCCUACAGACCAGAAGAACAGGCUUAUGCCCCUCUACCAGCUGCCGUUCCGUGGGGACUCCUCAAAGAGCCGCAGGAUGGGGCUUCUCUCUCCAGCUCCUGCUGGUGGGGUGAGGGAGCCUGAGGAUCUGCUGGAGAAUUGGAGGUCUUUGUUGGGACUGGGGGUUCUGGAGUCAGACUGCGGACGCCCUCUCUUUUCUACUUACUCUGGGCUCUGGAGGAAAUGCUACAUUAUGGGGAUUGACAAAGACAUUGACAACCUCAUCCUGAAAGGAAUUGCUCAGAAAUGCACAGCCAUCAAGUAUCACUUCUCUCAUCCAAUUCGCCUGAGGAAUAUUCCAUUUAAUUUGACCAGGACUAUUCAGCAAGAUGAGUGGCACCUUCUACAUUUAAGAAGAAUUACUGCCGGAUUUUUGGGCAUGGCCGCUGCGGUUCUCCUGUGCGGCUGCAUAGUGGCAACAGUAAGCUUCUUUUGGGAAGAGAGUCUUACACAACACGUGGCUGGGCUCCUAUUUCUCAUGACAGGAAUAUUUUGUACCAUUUCUUUGUGUACUUAUGCAGCAAGUGUCUCUUAUGAUCUAAAUCGCCUGCCAAAAUUUAUUUAUGGGCUUCCAAGUGAUGUGGAACAUGGAUACAGCUGGUCUUUGUUUUGUGCCUGGUGCAGCCUGGGCUUGAUAGUAGCAGCUGGAUGCUUCUGCACUGCCUACCCAUUUAUCAGCAGGACCAAGAUAUUGCAUCUUAAGUUUGCCAGAGACUCUUGUGUAUGACUGAGAGCUGCAAGCUAAAUGACUUUGGUGGCAUCUAUAAGACUGUCUGCGCACUAAUACAGCCGAACAUGCUCCGUCGACUGAAGACUGAAAGAAGUUCUUGUUUAAAGCACAAAUUCCAUAUGCUUAAAAGUCUACAGGAGAAGAUAACUUCCUGCUAUGUACAACGCAUAAUUAUAUGACCCAGAGGCCUUCUUUGAUUUGCUGUUGGACCUGGUCCCAUGUUAUUUUACCUGCCUGUGCACCUCUACAAACCAAACACUGGAAUGUAAAAUGGUUGGGUUAGUAAUUAGAAUUGGUUUUAUAUCUACGGAAACGGGAGUACAGUAAAACUUAUUCUUCUCAAAAUCAGCAACACAACCCUCCAAGGCAUGGGGAUACUGUGAAAUCAAGUGCUUUAAGAAUCCAUUGUUUAUGCAACAUAUUUAUGUGUGUCUAUGACUGAUCUGUCAAUUUAAAAAUAUUGCUUAGCUGAAAAACUGUGUCCAUUCAUUGUUCUGCUCCGAUGUUCUGAUUUCUUUGCUUGCUGUCAUUAAUGGAAAAUAGAAAAUGCAGCCCUAUUGGUGACACAAACACUGAGGAUGGGAAAUGACAUGUUUGAUAAAUUGUACAUUCAAAAUGUUUCAAAACCAUUUGAAAUCUUGUUUCAGUAUUGCAUCUAUUUUGCAUCUCAUUGCCUGAUGUGAAUCCUGUUGUGCCAUAGAAAACUGUGCAAAAUACAGUGGAAACUAAUCACGUAAGACCUUUGUAUAUGUUGACUAUUGCCAAUGUUGUUACAAUACAGUUUCUGCAAGCAAUUUUACUGUUAUAGCCACUGGAUCAUAGUGACGUGCGGUGAGGUCAGUGGCUGGGGAGGCACUGGUUAGUAUCAGAGCCAGAUUUACACACACACAUACAUGAACCCAAUGGUUCAUGUGGGCAUUAUACAAAGGUGCAGCAGCAUAUACUUUGUUACUGUGUACAUUUUAUAUAUAUAAAUAUAUAUAUAUAUAUAUAAAAUCACUAAUAACAUGAAAAUAGUUUGUUGCACAAAAGAUCGAACAGAGAGCACUGAAACAUUUUUAAAAACCCACUGCACUGUACUUAAGGUGGGUACACACUGGCCGAUAUAUCGGGCGUUCUAUUGAACAGCCGAUAUAUCGCGGGUCCGUCGGCCAGUGUGUACGGGCGAUAUGUCUGUGAACUCUGUCAUUCGGUAUCCGGACUCCAGGUCGACAACAAAAAGGUUGACACACCUUAGGUCGACGCCAAUUGGUCGACACGCCUUAGGUCGACAUGGACAAAAUGUCAACAUGGACAAAAGGUCGACAGGAACAAGGUCAACAUGGAAAAAGGUCGACAUGAGUUUUUCACAAAUUUUUUCUUUUUUGGAACUUUUUCAUACUUAACGAUCCACGUGGACUACGAUUGGAACGGUAAUCUGUGCGGAGCGGAGCGGAGCGAUGGCACCAUGCCCGAAGCAUGGCGAGCGAAGCGAGCCAUGCGAGGGGACGCGGUGCACUAAUUGGGGUUCCCGGUCACUCUACGAAGAAAACGACACCAAAAAAACAUAAAAAACUCAUGUCGACCUUUUUCCAUGUCGACCUUGUUCCUGUCGACCCUUUGUCCAUGGCGACCUAAGGUGUGUCGACCAAUUGGUGUCGACCUAAGGUGUGUCGACCUUUUUGUUGUCGACCUGGAGUCCCAGACCCCUGUCAUUCACAGACAUAUCGCGUCGGCCCCACAGCACAGCCGACAGGCAAUAUAUCUACCGAUAUAUUGGCGCAUCGCUGUGUGUGUAUGGGCGACCAGCCGGCCGCUCAUACACAUGCUGCUGCGGCGGCCGGCGGUGAUUGACAGCUGAACUGGGCGGGCGUGUGUAUACGCCCGCCCAAAUCAUGACAUCAGUCCCUGAUGGAUCGGGCAGUGUGUAUGCACAGCACACUGCCCGAUCCGUCCAUAGAUAUAUCCGCCGAUCAAUUGAUCAGCAGAUAUAUCUAUCAGUGUGUACCCACCUUUACCCUUUUGUCCUCUAGGUUCUUAUUCAUGGGCCAAACAUUGAAAUCUCACAUUUGCCCUAGAUAGCAAAUAUCUAUUUUUAAGCAUGCCAGUCCCAAAUGUAACUAUAUUUUGAAAACCCAAUAUAUAGUGUAUAGCUAUGCUUGAGUAAAUUAAAACUCAUUGCAAAUACAGAAAACCCCUGUGUGCUGAUGCCAGUAAAACCAGUCUAAGCUCAGUAAGGGAAACAGUCUUUAUUACGUCUGGAAUCCGGUUACACUGUACAGGUAGGUCAUAAUUUAUGCAAAUUGUACAACAGGCUCCAGUGACAAUUCUAAUUAUGCAGUAAAUUGCAGAAAUCUUGCUGUUUAAACUUAAAUCAAUUUCUCUUUGCAUCAUUUAAGAGUAGAGCUAGACUAGCCUGAAUGUCAUUAACAGGUCUCUGUGGGUAUACUUUUAUACCAACUCUGACUGUAUACUGCAAUAAAAGGAAACAUAUUAACCUGUUCAUCACAGGAAAAAAAUGUUAUGGGUCAGCAGCAUCAUCGCUGUGUAAUCCAUUAAAUAAAAUAAAAAACUAAAUUAUCCCUAUCUACAGCGAUAAUCCAGAAUCCCUUCUUUGCUGCUGAUCAUGAUUACAUGAGCUACUACUGAUGCUUAUCACUUGCUGGUACCAUGACUGGUGCUGCCCAGGGUGGUACACACAAAUAACACAUUGAAACAUGUUGCAGAACCUCUAGAGAAGCAGCCUAGAACUUCCUGGGCACUAUCUGCCUCCUCAUGGUAGGAGAGUAUGUUGCCCACAGGAUGAGAGUAGGCCAGCCCUGUGCCCCCUUGCCUGGCCCCAGCAGCCACUCAUCGGCACAUUCCUCUGAAUUUUAGCCAUCUUGAUCAUCAGAUUAUCUUUCAUGUUGGCUCUUCCUAGUUGAGUGCUGGGGAGCUUCCUGGAUAGAUCACCUGACACUACAUCAAGCCACACAUACCCAUCAGUGAGGCAGAUCUGAUAGCUGUGCUUUGUUUUGCAGUAUUAUUGGCCACAGUGUGGCCCUGCCCCAGCUCCGGGCAGUGUCUGACUUUCACAGAGAGGAGUCUUUUUCAUAGCUGCCUCUGGUAUCUCCAUGAUAGUCCCUGUUUCUCCAGUGGAGCACUGCAAAUUUUGUGAGCUUUGACUAUAAGCUGUUAUUUAUACAUUAUAAAUAUCUUUUUUUGUCUUAUAUUCUAAUAUUUUUUUAUAGUUAAAACUUUAGCGUAAACUGGAGUAUGACAGGUGAGACUCUGCCUUCCCUGCCUACCCUGACUGCACGUCACUGCUGGAUCCAUACCCUAACCUUACAUCAUAAUGUUAUUCUGCCAGAGGACUCUGCUGUAUGCUCAUUUCAGUAUUCAAUGUUUCCGAUGCCUAAGAGACAUGUACUCCUUCCUUGUUCCUGCAAAUUCUCCACAACUAACCUGAGAUACCGAGAAGGCAGAUACAGAAGCUCAAAUGUAUAUUUUGAGUUUAAUUAGAUAAAUGUCUGGUGUAAAUGUGCAACACAGUAAAGGUCAGUGUUUAUUAUUUAAUUGUUAUGCGGUUUGCAGAAAUUUUAUAAGGCACCAUAUGGACUUAGGUAAAGUUAUGGAAUCCAUUUCUUGAGAAUGAUCAAACUAAGACACAAUGAACAGUCAGUUAUUGAAUUCUAAAAUGCGCAGUAGGCUUGUUGGGUUAAUAAACAGUUUUCUAUUAAAAAAUAA